UGCUGGUUGGAGACCGGCUGUGUGAUGCACUGAAUGAGGUGGAGAGUUCACGCGGCGCACACAGCACUGCACAGCCUGAACAACUGAACGAGAUAUUGAUUAGGAACAAAGAACAACCAUGCGAGCGUUCUUGGGCGUGUUGGCGUGUUCUCUGACUGUGCUCUCAGUCCACGGUCUCUACUCUGCCAGUGAUGAUGUGGUUGAACUCAACCCCUCUAACUUCAACAGGGAAGUCAUACAGAGUGACAGUCUCUGGCUGGUCGAAUUUUAUGCCCCCUGGUGUGGUCACUGCAAGAAUUUGGCUCCUGAAUGGAAGAAAGCAGCCACGGCUUUAAAGGGCAUUGUGAAGGUGGGCGCUGUGGACGCAGACCAGCACAACUCCCUGGGAGGCCAAUAUGGAGUCCGUGGCUUCCCAAGUAUCAAGAUCUUCGGAGCCAACAAACACAAACCAGAGGAUUACCAAGGUGGCCGUAGCAGUCAGGCCAUUGUAGACGCAGCUCUGAAUGCUCUCCGCUCGCUGGUCAAAGACCGACUUGGUGGAAAGACUGGAGGCACAGACUAUGGCAAACAGAGUGGAGGCGGUGCCGGCAAUAAGAAGGAUGUGGUGGAGCUGACCGAUGAUAACUUUGACCGUACCGUGCUGGACAGUGAUUAUGUCUGGAUGGUGGAGUUCUUCGCCCCCUGGUGUGGACACUGCAAAAAUCUUGAGCCGGAAUGGACAGCAGCUGCCACAGAAGUCAAAGAGCAGACAAAGGGUAAAGUGAAACUGGGUGCUGUGGAUGCUACUGUUCACCAGGGCUUGGCGAGCCGCUAUGGGAUUCGAGGAUUCCCUACCAUCAAGGUCUUUCGUAAAGGAGAGGAGCCAGAGGACUAUCAGGGGGGACGUACCCGAUCUGACAUAGUUGCUCGUGCCAUGGGCCUUUACUCUGACAACAGCCCUCCUCCAGAGCUUCAAGAGAUUUUGAAUGAAGACGUUUUGAAGAAAACCUGCGAGGACUAUCAGCUGUGUAUCAUAUCUGUGCUGCCUCACAUUCUAGACACAGGUGCAUCUGGAAGAAACUCUUACCUGGAGGUGAUGAGGAUGAUGGCAGACAAAUACAAGAAGAAGACGUGGGGUUGGUUGUGGACUGAAGCAGGGGCACAGAUGGAUCUGGAGUCAUCUCUUGGGAUCGGUGGAUUUGGCUAUCCCGCCAUGGCAGCCAUUAAUGCUCGCAAGAUGAAGUUUGCUCUGCUCAGAGGCUCAUUCAGUGAAACGGGCAUCCACGAAUUUCUCAGGGAGCUUUCUGUUGGCCGUGGCUCCACUGCUACAGUGGGAGGCGGAGCUUUGCCUAAGAUCAACACUGUGGAACCUUGGGAUGGGAAAGACGGAGUGUUGCCCAUGGAGGAUGACAUUGACCUGAGCGAUGUGGAUCUGGAUGAUCUGGAGAAGGAUGAGUUAUGAGCCUGGUCUAAACUACACUAGACCCCAAAUGAUGCCCAUGUCUUCUCUCCCAUGGAUGAGGGGAUGGUUGGGACACAAACUUCCUUAAGACUUCUGAAAAGAUACAAAUAAAGCAAAUGGUUGUGCAGCUUUUUAAAAGAAAACAUCUCCACGUUAGUUGAAAAAUGAGGCUUUUCAGUAUGUACAUCACGAUUGAGCUACGCUCUGCCUCAAGUUCCUCCUUCACUUUCUGAUUUAACUUUUGAUUGGAGUUUUCAAUCAACUUGAUGAAGCAGAAUGUGACUCUCAAGAUUAUCAAACACUUGUUUCCAGUAAGCAGAUGUCACACAGAGGCUCUUCACAGAACACUUUCUAAUAUUUGUUUCAUUGACUAGAUUUAAUCAGAUGGCACUGGUCUUUCUGGUAAUGAGAUUAACCAGUGGUUAUUUAAAUCAGCCUUUCUGUAAUUUCAGCAGCUCCUUGAGUUGCAAGAUGCCUAAAGUUGUUUUCAUUUUCACCCUUUCUCCCUCUGAUGUGACUAUUUUUUUUUGGUUGUUGUUUUUAAAUUGUGUUACUGAAAAGAAUGUCAUCCAAACUGUAUCCCAGUUUGCCCAUUUGUCUAAUGUGCUGGAUCAGGUGUAAUGUGGGCAUCGUGUAGAUUUUUCUUACACAGCACUGUUUUGAAAAAUAAAAUAAAAAAAGGUUUUUGUUAUGAAAAUAAAACAAAAAUAAUAAAUUGACUAGCUUUUUUUUUAUGACCGCUUAUCUAGGAAGUUAUUCAGAUGAACACCGGUUGCCUAUGAAUCAGUGGUUUAUUGAGAAUUCAUGCACAUACACAUACACUGUAAAGAUGCAACAUUUAGAUUCGCACUGAUGCUUUGGCUUCACAAAAAUAUGGCUGGACAUCCCAUUCCCAGCUGCGAUAUAACUUUUUUUUGUUGUUUUUUUUCAACCAUCAUCCUUUACAACACAAUUGACACUAUACAAAAUUAAAAAUGACUCAUAAAUCUAAUAUAUAUAUAUGUGUGUGUGUGUGACCAGUACAAAUAUUCGUUUUGGCAUUUCACUUCAACAGUCAUUUUACAGAGA